AUGCUUUCAAGCUUUAGAAGGAUUACUCCACUGUUAAACAGAGUCAUGAUCAAGAGACAAGAAAUUCCAAACAAGUCCGCAGGAGGAAUUCUCUUGCCAGAAACCAAGGAAAGAGACAUGCAAAUCGGAGAAGUCAUUGCCAUUGGCCCAGGAUCUUAUGAUGAGCAAGGAAACUUCCAAGAAAUCGCAGUCAAAGUGGGACAGAAAGUGUUAUUGCCUCCUUAUGGUGGAACAUCAGUUGAUUUCAAAGAUGAAAAGUAUUCCAUCUAUAAGGAUUCAGAAAUUCUUGCAGUUCUAGAAUAA